AUGCCGACCCUCUUGUGCACCGGUUGCUCGUCCGGUCUCGGUCUUCAAGCUCUUCGACACUUGUACAGCCAUGUCCCUUCUUCUACCUCUCCUGCGGCCCCAAGCUGGCGACUCAUCAUCGGGGCUCGCGACGUCGCGGCGACCCAAGCCAGGUUGGCAACCAUCGUGCCUGCUCAGAUUCCGAAGCCCCACGUCCUACACCUCGAUCUCGAGUCGUUCGAGAGUGUGAGAACCUUCAGUGAUCAAGUCAGGCUGCUUGUAGAGGGGAGUGGAGCGGAAUCUACUCCAGAAGCUUCACGAGCACGGACCGACGCGCCGGAUUGGCACGAAGGGGGCAUCCAGUGCAUCCUUCUCAAUGCCGGCGUCUACACCGCCAAGUUUGAGCCACUCCAAGGUGGAUGGUGCAAAGAAGCGAUCGUCAAUACAUUCGGUCAAUCGCGAAACGGCUCUGCUGACCAGGCGUAG